UAAUUUCCAACUAAAAUAUUAUCCAAUGCUAAAUAGUGUCUCCUUAAAUAGUCAACUUAAGUGGUUCUUCUUCAUUUUAUAGCUCAAUCUUUCUUGUUUGAUUCAACCAUGGAGAACCAAUACUCCUACUCAUUCUCUUCCUACUUCUACUUAGCUAUAGCACUGUUUCUUCUUCCAACUUUAAUCAAAUAUAUUUUCCAUCAGAGAAGAAAUCUACCUCCAAGUCCAUUUUCUUUUCCAAUAAUUGGUCACCUUUACCUUCUCAAGAAAACUCUCCAUCUGACUCUAACAUCCUUAUCAGCUAAAUAUGGUCCUGUUUUAUACCUCAAGUUGGGCUCUAUGCCUGUGAUUGUUGUGUCCUCACCAUCUGCUGUUGAAGAAUGUUUAACCAAGAAUGAUAUCGUAUUCGCAAAUAGGCCCAAGACCAUGGCCGGUGACAAGUUUACCUACAAUUAUACUGUCUAUGUUUGGGCACCCUAUGGCCAACUUUGGAGAAUUCUUCGCCGAUUAACUGUCGUUGAACUCUUCUCUUCACAUAGCCUACAGAAAUCUUCUAUCCUUAGAGAUCAAGAAGUUGGAAUAUUUAUCCGUUCGUUAUACAAAUUCUCAAAGGAUAGUAGCAAAAAUAUCGAUUUGACCAACUGGUCUUUUACUUUUGUUUUCAACCUUAUGACCAAAAUUAUUGCUGGCAGACAUAUUGUGAAGGAGGAAGAUGCUGGCAAGGAAAAGGGCAUAGAAAUUAUUGAAAAACUUAGAGGGACUUUCUUAGUAACUAUAUCGUUCUUGAAUAUGUGUGAUUUCUUGCCAGUAUUCAGGUGGAUUGGUUACAAAGGGCUGGAGAAGAAGAUGGCCUCAAUUCACAAUAAAAGAAAUGAAUUCUUGAACAGCUUGCUUGAUGAAUUUCGACACAAGAAAAGUAGUGUUACACAAUCUAAUACUACUGUUGGAAACAUGGAGAAGAAAACCACGCUGAUCGAAAAUCUCUUGUCUCUUCAAGAAUCAGAGCCUGAAUUCUACACAGAUGAUAUCAUCAAAAGUAUUAUGCUGGUUGGUAUCCUGUUAUUUUGGCCUUCUUCUUUUAGAAAAUAAAAGAAAAAUAAAAAAAUUAAACUUUCAUCUAAGUUUGAUGUGACUGCUUACAUUUAGAGUAGAUAUAUACUCUUAUCAUGCGGACUUCUUUUCUUUGUUGUCACUUUCAAAAACGUGAAUUCCAUGUGCAUCUCAUCUAGGAUUGAUUAGUCAAUACUUGUCUCUUAAAGUAGAUAUAUUCAAAAUUAGUGCUCUCAUUUCAUUCUUUUUAA